AUGAAUGGUGUACUUGGGAAGGAACCUGAGGGCGCAGCUUACGGAAGCAUUGGACGGCAUGAACUGGGGAAACAUUUUAGAAUGAGGUAUCAGUUGACAGAUGAUAUUUCCGAUCUCGUCAAGGCAAUUGAGGAGAUGAGGUUAUGCGUGGAGCUCGCCCUCGACGACUUUCCAUCAAAACCUUUCUCUCUUGAAAUGUUGUCUGUGGUCCUUGCUAUGUACGACGAAAGCAGCCAAGAGGAUCAUCUAUCCGAGGCCAUUGAGGCCAUUGAACGGGCUAUACGAUUAUUGGACAUUGACCAUCCCGAUCACCAGCGUCUCAAUUAUAGUUACCGUCGCUUGCGGAGAAAGAAAGCAAGAGGAUUUUCACUUUGA